UCUUGCUCAAGGGCAAAUCGAGACAGCGCAGCAUCCUCCACGCUCAGCAGCCGGAGACUUUUCCUUCAUGGGAUGAAAACCGACGGGCCUCACGAAUGGAAGGCAAGAGGACGAAGUUUUACUUACACCGCUUUCAAAAUGUCCAAAAUAGGGUGACUGCAGACCUCUGGCGCUUACCAAGAAGUCAGUUUUGACCGCUUUUCUCUGGAUUCUGGUGACACUUUUCUUCCCCGUGGGCUGGAGUUUGGAUCCACGAUGAGGCGAAGUGAGCCUUGAAAAGAAAACAUGGAUUUUGCACGGAAGGUUUGGUUGUUUCUUCUUCUAAAACCCGAAGAACUUCAUUCUGGAAACGAUGCUGUAAAACUCACAGUUUCACAUCUGUAAGUAAAUUACUAGUACAGGAGAAUCAGGAUGAAAAGAUGGCAGCCAUGCUGUUACCAACGGGUCCUGAUGGCUUGCGGCGGUUCACUCGUGAAUCCUUGGCUGCCUUGGAGCAGCGGAUUGCGGAGGAGCAGGCCAAGAAUGCCAAGGGGUCUCAGAAGAAGGCAGAGCCACCGAAACCCAGGGCCGACCUGGAGGCAGGGAAGCAACUGCCACGCAUCUUCGGUGACAUCCCUCAAGAACUUAUUGGGGUACCGCUGGAAGACAUUGAUCCAUUUUACUACAAGAACCAGAGGACCUUUAUAGUACUUAACAAAGGGAAGGCCAUCUUCAGAUUCAGCGCCACAUCUGCACUUUACAUAUUUACUCCAUUUCACCUCAUCAGAGCGAUUGCCAUAAAGAUUUUAGUUCAUUCAUUGUUUAGCUUGUUCAUAAUGUUCACUAUCCUGACCAACUGUUUCUUCAUGGCCAUGUCUGAUCCACCAACAUGGACCAAGUACCUGGAGUAUACCUUCACUGGUAUUUACACAUUCGAGUCAGCAAUAAAGAUAUUAGCGAGAGGUUUCUGUACAGUGCCAUUCACAUUUUUGAGAGAUCCGUGGAACUGGCUGGACUUCACGGUGAUUAUGAUGGCAUAUUUGACUGAAUUUGUAGACCUUGGAAAUGUCUCUGCCUUGAGAACCUUCCGAGUACUGCGAGCACUGAAAACCAUCUCAGUUAUCCCAGGUCUAAAGACCAUCGUUGGUGCCCUGAUCCAGUCUGUGAAGAAGCUGGCAGACGUGAUGAUCUUGACCGUGUUCUGUCUCAGCGUGUUUGCCCUCAUCGGCCUGCAGCUUUUUAUGGGGUUACUGCGACAAAAGUGCAUCCGCAGCCUCUCGCACUGCGUCAACUCCUCGUUUAGCCCCAACACAUCCUUCAUCUGCAACAACAGAACCUGGAGCUCCACGGAGGACUUCCUCAGCAGUGAAGAUAAUUUUUACAAAGUUGAAGGAGCAAAGGAUGCCUUAAUAUGUGGAUAUGGAAGUGAUGCGGGGAAGUGUCCAGAAGGAUUUGACUGCCUAAAAGUAGGGAGGAAUCCAAACUACGGCUACACCAGCUUUGACACUUUCGGCUGGGCUUUUCUGGCACUUUUCCGUCUCAUGACACAGGACUACUGGGAAAAACUGUUUCACCAGACUCUGCGCUCAGCUGGGAAGACCUACAUGAUCUUCUUUGUUCUAGUGAUCUUCAUGGGCUCUUUCUACCUGGUCAACCUUAUCCUGGCUGUGGUGGCCAUGGCCUACGAAGAGCAGAAUCAGGCAACCAUCGCUGAGGCCUGGCAGAAGGAGAGAGAGUUUCAGAUGGCCAUGGAACAGCUGAGAAGAGAGCAAAGACUGGCAGCAAAAAGACAAGCACAGGAGACAGACUCAGUGUUGUCCCCGGAGCUGUCUCCAUUCUGUGUGAAGUAUACAGGAAGUAUACGAAGAAGCAGCAGCAGAAGAAGAAGAUCUCACAGGACGCUGUCUGAAGAAACGGCAGAAGAAGCUGCAGAACAGAAGAUGGAGCCCCUGGAAGAAGUAAUGCCUCCCCUGUCCCCCCUGCCGGCCCACCCUCUGCUGGCCACGCUAUCCUCUCACCCACUCAGCACCAGACGAGGAAGCCAGAACAGCAUCUUCAGCUCCUUCCGCGUUCGCAACAACUCAGAGGCCGACUUCGCGGACGACGAGUACAGCGUUCACGGGGACGUCUUCAGGAGUCGCACCAGCUCCACAGCAACGCCAUGGAAGAGGAGAACGGGCAGCGUGAGAAGCCACUGCUCCCAAAUCUUCACCCCCAGCCUCAAUGUCAACGGUCGACUGAACAUCUCCCUCGACCACAAUGGAGUCAUGACUAUGGGUCUGCUCACCCCUACGUCCAUGCCAGCUUGCAGCAUGGAGAGAGUCAGGGAAGACACAGUAUUUUCUGUUUGCCAGAAGCCCUCCAGCACAGAGGAGACAGUUCCAAGGCCUCUCCUGCAACCUUCCCCCACAGUGACAGAUCCAUCCCCAGUGCGCAGGAAAAGGGGCCUAAGCUCUGUCAGCUUUUAUAGUGAUGCCAUGGAUGAGCUGGAGGAGUCGAGGCAAAAGUGCCAUCCCUGCUGGUACACGUAUGCCAAGAAGUAUCUGAUAUGGGACUGCUGCCCCUGGUGGCUGAAGCUGAAGGAGUAUGUGAAGCUAAUGGUGAUGGAUCCUUUCCUGGAUCUUGGUAUCACCAUAUGCAUUGUGCUGAACACCCUCUUCAUGGCACUUGAACACUACCCCAUGACUGAUGAGUUCAACACCAUGCUCUCAGUGGGCAAUCUGGUGUUCACUGGUAUAUUUACAGCUGAGAUGGUACUAAAGCUGAUUGCCAUGGACCCCUAUUACUACUUCCAACAGGGCUGGAACAUCUUUGACGGCGUCAUUGUUUGCCUCAGUUUAAUGGAGCUGGGCCUCUCCAAUGUAGAGGGACUGUCCGUCCUGCGAUCUUUCAGAUUGUUGCGAGUCUUCAAGCUGGCAAAAUCCUGGCCCACUCUCAACACUCUCAUCAAGAUCAUCGGCAACUCGGUGGGCGCCCUGGGAAACCUGACGCUGGUGCUGGCCAUCAUUGUUUUCAUCUUCGCUGUGGUGGGAAUGCAGCUAUUCGGCAAGAACUAUCAGGACUGUGUCUGUAAGAUCUCCUUUGACUGUCAGAUGCCUCGCUGGCACAUGAAGGACUUCUUCCACUCCUUCCUGAUUGUGUUCAGGGUCUUGUGCGGCGAGUGGAUCGAGACCAUGUGGGACUGUAUGGAAGUGGCUGGCCAGCCCCUCUGCAUCCUGGUCUUCAUGUUGGUCAUGGUCAUAGGGAACUUGGUGGUGCUGAAUCUCUUUCUGGCCCUGCUGCUGAGCUCCUUCAGCUCAGACAAUCUCUCUGCUCCAGACGAAGACGGGGACUUGAAUAACAUUCAGAUUGCCAUCGCUCGCAUCCAUUCCGGCAUUUCCUGGAUUGUCACAAGCGUCAUCAACCUCUGCAACAGGAGCUUGAAGCGUCGAAAACACAAAGCCAAGGAAACCAGUCAGGCUCUUAAGCCGGUUGUAAAUCACAUGGAGAGCAAUGGGGGGAUUUUUGGACGUUAUGGAGAGAAGUACAUCGUACCAGAGGAGGACAGCUACAUGACCAACCCAGACCUUACUGUCAUUGUUCCCAUCGCGCCUGGGGAGUCAGAUGUGGAGUUUUUGGAGGAGGAGGAGAUCUCAGAGUCAUCAGAGGAUGAAGAAAACAAAACGGAGAAGAUCAGCCUGUCAGAGGGCAGCACAGUGGAUCUAAGGAAGCCCGGAGAGGAAGAGGAUAACUUGUCAGUGCUGGAUGAAGACAGUAUGGAGCCUGAUGAAUGCUUUCCUGAAUUCUGCAUGAGACACUGCCAGUGCUGUAACAUCAACACCAGCCGUGGACUAGGACAGGCCUGGUGGAGGCUGAGGAAGACCUGCUACCAGAUUGUGGAGCACAGCUGGUUUGAGACAUUCAUCAUCUUCAUGAUCCUGCUCAGCAGUGGGGCUCUGGCAUUUGAAGACAUUUACAUUGAAAAGAGAAAAGUCAUAAAGGUGGUGCUGGAGUACGCUGACAAAGUCUUCUCCUACAUCUUCGUCCUGGAGAUGUUCCUCAAGUGGAUUGCGUACGGCUUCAAGAAGUAUUUUACAAACUACUGGUGCUGGCUCGACUUUCUGAUUGUGGAUGUGUCCUUGAUAAGCCUGGUAGCGAAUUCACUGGGAUAUUCUGACUUUACUGCCAUCAAGUCCCUGAGGACCCUCCGUGCUUUGAGACCUCUCAGAGCUCUCUCCAGAUUUGAGGGCAUGAGGGUAGUGGUGAACGCCCUCAUAGGAGCUAUUCCCUCCAUUAUGAAUGUGCUGCUCGUGUGUCUCAUCUUCUGGCUCAUCUUCAGUAUCAUGGGAGUCAAUCUGUUCGCCGGCAAAUUUGGAAAGUGCGUGAACAGAACGGGGUUCAUCCACAGUGUCUCUUUGGUCAACAACAAGUCAGACUGCCUCGCCAUGAAUGACACCCAGUUCUACUGGACAAAAGUCAAGGUCAACUUUGACAAUGUGGGGCUUGGCUACCUUUCUCUUUUGCAAGUGGCUACAUUUAAAGGAUGGAUGGAAAUAAUGUAUGCAGCUGUUGAUUCAAGAGGAGUGGAGGAACAACCGAUAAAAGAAAUCAACCUCUACAUGUACCUCUACUUUGUAGUCUUCAUCAUAUUUGGCUCCUUCUUCACACUCAAUCUCUUCAUCGGUGUCAUCAUUGACAAUUUCAAUCAGCAGAAAAGAAAGUUAGGAGGACAAGAUAUCUUCAUGACUGAAGAGCAGAAGAAGUACUACAAUGCUAUGAAGAAGUUAGGAAGUAAAAAACCUCAAAAGCCAAUACCCAGACCCACGAACAUUAUCCAAGCCUUCUUCUUUGAUCUGGUGUCUAAGCAAGCCUUCGACAUUAUGAUCAUGAUGCUCAUCAUUGUCAACAUGGUAACCAUGAUGGUGGAAACCGAUGAGCAGUCAGAGCGAAUGGAGUCCAUCCUCAACAAGAUCAACCUGGUUUUUAUUGUGAUCUUCACCACCGAAUGCCUGAUAAAGAUCUUUGCCCUCCGUUGUUAUUUCUUCACCGUUGCAUGGAACAUUUUUGAUUUCGUGGUGAUAAUUCUCUCUAUUGUCGGGAUUGUUCUUGCUGACAUUAUUGAGAAAUACUUUGUAUCUCCGACCCUGUUUCGAGUCAUCAGACUGGCAAGGAUAGGACGUGUACUCCGACUUAUACGUGCAGCCAAAGGAAUAAGGACUUUACUGUUUGCCUUAAUGAUGUCCAUGCCAGCACUGUUCAACAUUGGUCUCCUACUUUUCCUUGUCAUGUUCAUCUAUGCAAUCUUUGGCAUGGCAAACUUUGCCUAUGUGAAGAAACAAGAUGGAAUCGAUGAUAUGUUUAACUUCGAGACCUUUGGGAAUAGUAUGAUCUGCCUUUUCCAGAUCAGCACCUCGGCAGGCUGGGACAACCUGCUCAGCCCUAUAAUGUCCAGCCCCCCAGAUGAGUGUGACCUCAACUUCAUCAACACAGGCACCAACACCCGAGGAAACUGCGGCAACCCCUCGGUGGGCAUAGCUUUCUUUGUCAGUUACAUUAUCAUUUCUUUCCUCAUUGUGGUAAAUAUGUAUAUAGCUAUCAUUCUGGAGAACUUCAGUGUUGCCACAGAGGAGAGCACAGAGCCCCUGAGCGAGGAUGACUUUGAAAUGUUUUACGAGGUUUGGGAGAAGUUUGACUCCGAGGCCACGCAGUUCAUUGAGUUCUCCAUGCUGUCGAACUUUGCUGACACUCUGUCGGAACCGUUGCGUAUCCCAAAGCCCAACAAAAUCCACCUGAUCUCCAUGGACCUCCCUAUGGUCAGUGGGGACAGAAUCCACUGCCUGGAUAUUUUGUUUGCCUUCACAAAGCGCGUCCUGGGAGAGUCGGGGGAAAUGGAUGCCCUGAAACAGCAAAUGGAGGAGAAGUUCAUGAUGACCAACCCGUCCAAAGUUUCCCACGAGCCCAUCACCUCCACACUGCGGCGCAAACUCGAGGAGGUGUCUGCGAUCGUCAUCCAGAGGUGUUACAGGAGGCAUCUUGUGCGCCGGCAGAUGAAGCAGGCGUCCUACCUCUACAGACAGAUAAACUACGAGACAGUCGUGGAUGUGGAGAAUGCUCCAGAAACAGAGGGUCUGAUAGCCACCAUGAUCCAGCAUUAUGGGCCUGUGGGGGCUGCAGAGACAGCAGACGACACUGUAACAUCCUCCCCACCAUCUUAUGAUAGUGUGACCAGGGCAGCCUCUCUGAGCCUCUCUGAGGUGACCCGAUCAGUAUCCAGAGACUCUGAACUCAGGGAGCCUGGGGAAAACUAUGAGGAAACUUUUCUUUGAGAGUCAGUUGAACGGAGGGUGAUUGCAUUGUUUUUGUCUGUUUUGUUUACAGCAGAGAAUAUGCAUUGAAAUAACUCACGGUCUAAGAGAAAAAAAAAGCUUUUAUAUUUUAACAGAUAUGGAGGGAAUAUGCAAUGUUUUUAGGUAACUCGGCCUCUAUUUUCUUAAUGGAAGAUGUCAGUUAUGCCACAACGUUCAAGAGAGUACCAUGGACAGCUCUGAAGUUAAACGUCAUCUUAAAAAUAUCACAAUAUGGCAUCAGACAUAAUCACACACUCUUUUUUUAAUAUUGACCUAGACCUAUCAAGACAAAGCCACAACAUUAAAACCAGCUCCCUUGUAUCAUAUUGGUCCUCACUGUGCAGCAAAUACAACUCUGAGUCAUUGAAGUAAGAAAACCACAAGACUUGUAAAGGUCAUUUGUGAUAUCUGGCACCAAGUUGUUAGAAGCAGAUUAAUCAGAUUUAGAAUAAGGUCUUCCGUUGAAUGGAUUUGUUUAUCCACCACUUUAUAAGGGAACUAAACACUGCACUUGCUGCAACCAGUUGGCAAACAUUUGAGUCAAGUCCCCAUAGCAAAGAGAUUGCUCACAGAUGAGUUGCGCUCACACAAAAGUCGGGUGUGACUGAUGCCGACAUUGCUGCACUCUGUCUGCCUUUAUAAAUCAUUUAUUUGCAAACCUUCGACAAUCUGUCUGAAAGUGACUGCAGUCCGUCUGAAUUGAACCACAGUUGUUUGGAGACAGGUUGCUGCCCACCAGGCAAACUGUGCAGUUACAAUCUCUUACCCUCUGGGCAAGCAACUGGCCACCACAACUCCUUACAACCUGUCUUCAACAGCAAAAAAAAAUGAAAUGCAAUCACUGGUCACAAGGAGGUUGCCAUCCUACUUUUACUUUAGUGUGACUGAGCCAUUAGAGAACAGAGUGUUUACUUGCAGAUUAAUAAAACUAUCCAUUGACAGAUGCCAAUGAAACAACAUCAUGACUUCAAGGAUUUUACAACAGUAGUUUACACUAAUACAUUUUUAUUGCUAAAACCACAAGUCCUUGUGAAGUAAAAUUUGUGUCUGAAGCAACACAUCCCUCCUCAAGGCCAAGAACUGUUACCUGCAGUGAAAAGCUUCUCUCUGAUUGCAUAAUAAAUGGACAAGCAAAACCCCCGAGAGAAUGGCAGACAAAAAAAGAAAUUGGUUUCUCAAACUGAGAAAUGCAAGAUAUAUGCAGCAAAUUACAAAUUAUUAAAGAAAGGUAUUAAAGAAGGCGUCUAAGUAACAAACUGACGAUACAAUCAAAAACGGAUUUGGCUAAAAGUUUCAUGAAGUUAAAAAUAUAUAUUUGUUGAAUAAGUUAUUUUCUACAAAUACAAAUUUGAUAGAAAUGUCCAAAUGUUUUGAUGGCAGUCAGUCUCGCCUGCAGGCUAUAUGUUUCUAGUUUUAAUUGACUGUGGCACUUUUAAAGUGCUAAUUCAGGUUUUAAUAUGCUAAUGCAUACUACCAUAUUACAGUUUUAACCAAAGCUUACAGCUUUAGGAAUUGCUCAUCCUAAAUGCAAGAAAAACAUAGCCAACCAAACCCAUAAAAUGACAUUCAUUUUACUACUUUUUGUCAACAAAAUAUCAUUUUUGAUUAAAUGAAAGUGAUAUAUGCAUUUUCAGAUGACAGAAAACAAGCAGUGUUUCAUAUUCAUUAUAAAAAAAUAUACUACAAUGAAAUCUUUUACAGCUAUUUUGUCAUAUAUACUGCAUUGGACAUUUAACUCGUGUGUCAGUUACUAAGAAGGGCUGUGUGUACUGAUGAUCCCUGAAUCAUGUGCCUGAUAUUGAUUAUUGUCCGCACACUCUGAAUCUCUUUAGACCGUUUAAUUUGAUCUGACUGAUGUGGGUUUGAAGAGCAUGCAUGCACUGAAAGCUCAUUUUGUAAUUAAGCGUGUAAACAGCUUCUAGGCUGUAUAAUGAGUAUAAAGCUAAUUUUUACAUAUUUUUUGUGAUAUAUUUAUAUUUAAAGACCGUUUCAGUGACUCUCAUAGUGGCCAUUAUACGAUAUGUUAAAACUAUAAAAAUAUAAUAUCUUCAUUUUUAUAUAAAAGACUUUCCUUGAGGACCUGGUUGUCUGUAAUGCACUUAGGUUAAACAUUUUGUCGAUUGUUUUACUGAAUGAUAAUAAAGCUCUUUUACAGACCUGUGGAUUUUUACUGACCACACAGUGGACAGUUAAAGCUGCGCUCAGAAUUGAGCAGCAUCCCAGCAUCUUCAUUUUCACAUGAGGAACCAGUUAACUGAUUUGACCUCAUUACAAGUCAGGGCGAUAUUAAAUCUCUCUCUCUCUCUCAAUCUCUCUCAGAGUCCAUGUGUUUAAAAAAAAAAAAGCCAAACAGAUGUGCAGAAACCUUUGCAUCACUGUGCUGUCCUUGUGAGUGUGCUCGUAUUGCCCUUUGCAGCUUAAAUUUGUUCAUAAUGCCAGCACAAAAGCAACACGACCACAAAAACCCCUCAACAACCAGCCUGAGUGAUCUUAAUCAUUUCCAUUCAUUGUUACUUUUUUUUAGUUUAUUUUAGUUUUUUCAUUCUGACACAGAAUCAUGUGUCAGCGAUGUGAUGUGUCACUGACCACACAGUGAUGGGAGAUUUAUAACACAUGCGAAGAAUUUAGCAAUACUUUGAAGAGCCACAAAAACAAACUACAAAACCAGUUUUACAGUUUUCAUACCUCGAGA